AUGCCAUCCUUGAAACACAUUGUAGUAGUCCAAGAUCAGGCAUCAGGAUUCCCCACCACCAAGCUGUUGGCGACAGCCAAAGCUGACAAAGUGAUUUCAGCAUUGAAGGAGAUGUACGAGACCUAUGGCAAUCCGGAUACCCAAAUAUUGGACAACAGACCACCAUUCGAUAGUGUAGCCAUGCACAAUUUUACCCCCGAGCAUAACAUUACACAGCAGACACCGCCACCACUACAUCCAUCAUCCAAUCCCGUAGAGACAUUCAUGCGACCAUUGGGGAAAGCAAUGAAGAUAGCACGAGAACAUGAAAACUCUGAGAAAGAGAGCCUUGAAAACCUUCUGAAGAACUACAGGCAGACUCCUCAUCCUGCAACCGGUAUUUCACCAGCAGCAAUGGUCUUUCGAGAUGGACAACGUCUAGAUUUUCUGAGAAGGACAGCAACAGAAGACGAAGUCAAGCGCGGACGUUAG